GACGGCCCCAUGGGUUUGGCAGCUCCGGCUGCGCGAUUUCAGCCUUUGAUUCCCCGCGCAUUUAGAGUCAGGUGAUCGUCUUUAUGCUGGAGGAGGGAAGAGCAGAUUUUCCUCCGUUUGAGCUUAUUAGGGUUCCGUGUUUGAUUGGGUAAAGUCGUAAGCAUAUGCUUGAGGCUUUUUGCUUCCCCAUUACUUGCAUCGUGGUGUGAUAGACUGGGUGGAUCUGAGAGCUUUUUAUCACCCUCUAGGGUUUACUAGAAUUCGCAUUGCUCCUGUACUGAGCGCACUGAAUCAUAUUGACAAUUCAGUCGAACUUUAUGUUAUGUGAAAUGUGGAAUCUGAAAUUCGUGUAACCAGUUGUUUUGAUAGCACUAAUAUGUCUUGCAAUCCCAUGUGCGGGUACUGUAAAUACGUUUGUCCUCUUGUGGUAUGCAAGUUUGAUGUAUUAGUUUUGGUUGCAUCUUCAGCUUAUGCUAUCGCAAGCUGAAACUAAGACAAGGCAUACUAGCAUGUGUUGCCGUCCUUCCACCAGAAAUCUUCCAAAUAAAUGUAACCUGGGGACUUUUUGGGAAGGUUUGUUAGGUAAGCCUUUUAUGAUAUCAUUUUUUGGAGAAACUUCAAGUGAACAAAAAAAUUCAGCUGCUUACUCAACUUUGUCAACAAUUUCAUCCUAUCUAUGAGGUAAAUCAUAGAACUCUUGUGUGCUUUGUUGCUGCAAGGCCUGUUUAAUCUUCUAUCUCAAAGUGGGGGAGGGGGGAGGAAAGACAAUCCCAGUAUGAAAUGUGAAUCCUAGCCAAUUUGAAUUCCAUUUGCAAACAUACCUUCCGGUGUUCCUAAUCCUAGCCACUGUCUGGUUCAUCGUUUCCUUAAAUUUCAAGUGUCAGCUCUGCAUGAUUUUCUUGGGUUUUGCUCUAAACUCGUGUUACUUCAUAGACCCCUUCUCUUGUUUUUGCUUUGGGGCCUGAUAGUUGUAAAUUUGGCAUGUGCUGGAGUAGGAAGACACCUACUUAUGAAUUAGGAUUUAGUUUAAUAGUCUUAAGUCUGUCCAUCCUUUCUAAUCCAAAUAGGCCCAGGUAGAAUCAUUGAAUUCUAGUCAGCUUUAUAGAAGUUAGGCAUUGGUUGCUCAUGGUGCCUAGUGACUAGGCAGGCUAGGCGUCUGCCCUUUGCUGGUUUGCGCUUGAUUUUCUGAUGUUCAAUAUCCAACCAAAUGGCUGUUACUUGUUAAAUUACUAGUUCACAUGAAAUUCAAAUUUCUGAUGUUAAAGACAAAUGCGAUGUAAAACAGAACCGUACAUGAGCAGUUACAGUAUCAUGGAGGUGUUUAUGGUAUAAAAAGCCAUGCAUCUGUGAAAAUUCCUCUUCAGAUGUUUAACUGCAAGUCUGCAAUACAACUUGUACAAAGUGUGAUGUCCUUCCAUGCUGGGUAGUAAGAGUGUUGAGUUAUCAUUGAGGAUAGUGAUGGGUGAUGGGGAGAGCAUCCUAGUAUCAGGAAAAAGGAAGAGAAGAAGUUCAUGGGAUGAAGUUGUGUUAAUGCUAAAAGGCGUAGAGUGGAGGAACAACGCCAAGAUCAAGGAAUGUCAAUUAGGCCUGGCAAAAUUGCAACUGGUCCAUCUAAAAACGUUCAAGUUGAGUUAUGUCCACAUCCUGGAUAUUUUGGUGGCCUUUGCUAUAGAUGUGGCAAACCACAGGAUGAGGAAGAUGUUUCAGGAGUUGCUUUUGGUUACAUCCACAAGGGCUUGAGGCUAGGUACUUCAGAAAUCGACAGAUUACGUGGCUCUAAUUUGAAGAAUCUGUUGCGUGAAAGAAAAUUAGUGCUUAUUUUAGACCUGGAUCAUACACUGAUCAACUCGACCAAACUCCAACAUAUUUCUUCUACUGAAAAUGAGUUGGGUAUUCGGACAGCUGCUCUAAAAGAUGAUCCGGACAGAAGCAUCUUCACGCUAGAUUCGAUGCAGAUGCUGACAAAGUUGAGACCAUUUGUCCAUAAUUUUUUGAAAGAAGCAAGCAAUAUGUUUGACAUGUAUAUAUACACCAUGGGUGACAAAGCUUAUGCAAUUGAAAUAGCAAAGCUUCUUGACCCUACUAAUGUCUAUUUUCCAUCAAAAGUGAUUUCGAACUCGGAUUGCACUCAGCAACAUCAGAAAGGUCUUGAUGUGAUUCUUGGGGCUGAAAGUGUUGCAGUGAUCCUUGAUGACACUGAAUAUGUCUGGCAGAAGCAUAAAGAAAAUCUAAUUCUGAUGGAGAGAUAUCAUUACUUUGCUUCAAGCUGCCGCGAAUUUGGUUUUGGUGUUAGAUCUUUGUCAGAGUCUAUGCAAGAUGAAAGGGAGAGUGAUGGUGCUUUGGCUACAGUUUUAGAUGUCUUGAAGCGCAUACAUGCGAUUUUCUUUGACACGGCUGCUGAAACUGAUCUUUCUUCACAGGAUGUAAGACAGGUGAUCAAGAUGGUACGGAAAGAAGUACUGAAAGGCUGCAAACUAGUCUUCAGCCGGGUGUUCCCGAACAACGCUCGCCCACAGGAGCAGAUGAUGUGGAAGAUGGCCGAGCGUCUGGGUGCCGUUUGCUCUACAGACGUGGAUUCCACAGUGACCCACAUCGUGGCUGUGGAUCUGGGAACAGAGAAGGCCCACUGGGCUGCAGGCAACAAAAAGUUUUUGGUCCAUCCGCGCUGGAUUGAAGCUGCCAAUUUCCGAUGGCACCGACAACCUGAGGAAGAUUUUCCUGUCGUUCCUCCGAAGGUAAAGAGCAGAGAUGAAGUGAAUGCUGUGACUGGCCAGAAUGAAACGAGCAAAGAUAAAGAAGAAAAUGCUGUAGCUGGCGUGAAGGAAACGAUCAACGAUAGGAAAGAAGAAAAUGACGCAGACGGCCAGAAGGAUAAGGACGACGCCAAAGAAAACGCUGUGGCAACUACUGCUACAGGCCCUGCUGACUCGUAAUGGUCUGUAGGGCUCGAAAGUUGGCUGACAUACAGUGUAGGCGUGCAGGUUUGUGGGGACGGACCGCGGAGAUUGCUUUUUUGUUACCCGCUCGUGCAGGUCCAAGAUGUUAGAUUUAAUUCUGGUACGCGUGAAAUUUUGAUGCUGACCUGAGAUGCUGAUUGGGCCUCCGGCCAUAUGACUUGUGGUACUAUAACACUAUAGGAGUUUUUCAAAUUGAUGUCAUUAUUAUGGCAUAAUUCUA